GAAUCUUGUUCAGUACAUCUUUUCGACACGAGUAACGAGUGGCGCUCAUUUAUAGUGGUUCUAUCACGUGAUGUAACAUGGCCGUACCCAUAAGCAUCAUGGCCGUCUACCACUAUAUGUACCACUAUGUGUACAUACAUGUAGUGAGUAAGUUAAGGUGACAGUUUUCCUAACCUGUUAUUUUUGGAUUCGCGUAUCAGGCACGUCGCGUCGCGAAAAGCGCAUUAGGUAUACGGUCGUUAGUGCCGGGUGAUGGUACGUCCUCGUGAUCCCUCGACGAGGACAGCAUUGUACUUCAAGGACGCUUUCGAAAACAGCACAAGGUGUCAGUAGUAGAAGUGGUGAUAGUGACGGUCAGCCCUCUGACACCACUCUUGAAAUCCUUUGUUACGCAUGGCUACGUAAGGUCCACUGGCCACUACGCGGCGCUACCUGACAUUCAUGCCUGUUUACGUUUUAUGUUAAAGAGGUUAAUCGGUUUCUGAACUUUCUUGGGUGUUGAAUGUGAAUUGAAGUGCGUAAAAAGUGAAGUAAAUAGUGUGAUUUUCUACAAUGCCACGGUGUAUAGCUCCAGGAUGUACCUCUGGGUACGAUUCUAAUAAAGAAAAGGUGCAUUUCUUCUAUGUUCCGAAAGAUGAAAAUAUGAUAAAACUAUGGCAGUCAGCUUUAAAACGAAAAGACUUUAUUGUAAAAGCUAAACAACCAGUUUGUGAAAAACAUUUUUUACAUACAGACAUAUUAUGGAACCGUACUAUUUGUGAUGAUAAAGGACAUAUUCUCGGUGUGUCUGCACAAUUCAAAGUCCCACGUUUAUGUAAAGGUGCAAUUCCAAGUAUAUUUCCUUGGACAGAAGAAACAGAAAAAAUGCAAAUUAAUAUUCAGAAAGAAAAUGAAUCUAAAAUUAAAGAUGUUUUAAAUACUGAAGUAUCAAAUAUCGAUAAUGGAGAAAACAAAAAUCUAACAUCACUAUCAUUUAAUGAUAUAAUCAAUAUAGUGGAUAAUAAACAUUUACAUAUACCGCCACAAUGGACAUACACGACAUCCACGACAUACAUGAAACACUUUAAUAAGAACAUAAAAUUAUUGAUAUUUUAUUUACCAAUGGUUAGUACAAUCAAGAAUUAUGAAGAUAAAUGCAAUAUCUAUCUGCAAAAAGAAGUUAUACUCAAAGAAAAUAUGCUGUUAGAAAUAAACAUCUUAAAACAGCCUAUUAUUAUAGAUAUUCCAUUUGAUGUACAAAUACAUAACAUUAUUGAAAGUGUGGAACAAUUGAAAGAAACAUUAUUUUCGGUGAACAAUCUUAACGUAUGCUUGGGUGCUGUUAAUGUAACUAAUGAAAUUGAAGAAAUAGGAUAUGAUCUGGCUUACAAAGACAUCUCUGGCACGUGGAGACACAAGAAAUGUACAUUAAUUAUAUCACAUUUAUUAAAGAUAUGUAAGUUUUGUUCUAAUAUAAAAAAUUCGUUAAGACGAAAGCACUAUCGAACAAAAAUCAAGUCACUUAAAAGAAUUAGAUUGUCAGCGACUACUACACAAAAUGAAAAGAAAUUGUUAUUGUUACGGAAGAAAUUUUACAAGGCAGAAAAAACGAAGAAAAGAAACAAAUAUGUAGCAGGCAAGUUGAAAAAAGAGCUUAUGAAUUGUAUGAAAGUUGGAGAAACAUCUGCGAAAACCAUAGAAGAUCAAUUAAAGAAUAAAAAAAUUCCUAACAACCAACUUAUUGUAAUACGUGAAAUAAUACAAGCCACAAAAUAUUCAAAUCCAACAGGUCGCAAAUAUAAUGAGGAGUGGAUUUUAUUAUGCAUGUUAAUGCGUAUGAAGUCACCUACUACAUAUAAUUUUUUGCGAGAUAAUCAAAUAUUACCUCUUCCAUGCGUGAGAACUAUACAAAGGCAAGUAUAAAACACGUUAAAAUAGUGUUUUGUAAUAUAAAAUUUUUAGUCCAUAAGCUAUGCAAUUAUUUUUAA